GGGGGUAACGUUAAAAUGUUGGGAAAUAUGUGAUCAUAAAGAUGGGUUUUUUACCGAGUGAACUGAACGCGUACACACACGUUACCUAGCUAUGCAGCCUGGCUGUUAUUGUGUAGAAAUACAACAUGAUGCGUAAACACUGAUUCGCUGCUGUGUCGCUUCGCUUAACCGAAAUCAACUUGAUACUCAAGACAGAAAUAGCGAAGAAGUGUAAAGUGUCCGGUUGUAUUUGAGAAGAUGCCCACGAUUAAACUGCAGAGCUCCGAUGGGGAGAUAUUUGAAGUCGACGUUGAAAUAGCUAAACAGUCCGUCACCAUUAAGACGAUGCUUGAAGAUCUGGGCAUGGAUGAUGAAGGAGAUGACGACCCUGUUCCGCUUCCCAAUGUUAACGCCGCUAUUUUGAAGAAGGUAAUCCAGUGGUGCACCCACCACAAAGACGACCCUCCUCCCCCUGAGGACGACGAGAACAAAGAGAAAAGGACAGAUGACAUCCCUGUCUGGGAUCAGGAGUUUCUGAAGGUUGAUCAAGGAACAUUGUUCGAACUGAUCCUGGCCGCCAACUAUUUGGACAUCAAGGGAUUGUUAGAUGUCACAUGCAAAACUGUCGCAAAUAUGAUCAAAGGAAAGACUCCAGAGGAAAUAAGGAAGACGUUCAAUAUCAAAAAUGAUUUCACAGAAGAGGAGGAAGCCCAGGUACGCAAGGAGAACCAGUGGUGUGAGGAGAAGUAAGCCAACACUAUCGCACUGUAAGGAUCGUUCCAGGAUUUGGUUGCACUGCGCUGUUCAUACUCAUUCACAUGAAUUACUAGACUGGCAGUCCCUUGUAUUUUGCAUGAUCAUUCUCAUUACUUGUAUGGUGGAAAUGUAAAAUUCUAUUUUUUCAUUUUUACAAAUUGGGCAGUUCGCUCGUUUCACAUUAUAUAUUUUUUUGAUCUUGGAUGCAUCUUUCUAGUUUUUUUUUUUUUUUUUUAACUGGAAAUAUUGUUUUGGAAUAAGUUUGGCAGAGAAUGGUAAAUGUCAGAUUUACAGUUAUGUAAGUGCUGUGCUCCUCCAGACAGCAUUUUUUAUUUAAAGUGUUAUCAUAGAUGUGUGUAUAAAAUUCCAGGUAGAGUUUAUCGUGGGCUCAAUAGUGCUCGUAAACAAAGCAAAUAGUUUGUCACAUAAUUCGGUAUUUACCUUGCCUUCUAUCAGUGGACAUCUUACUUUGGUGGAUAGAGCUCUUAAUGAUGUUUAGAAAUGUUAGCAGUUGAAUUUCAUAAACAAGCAGAUCAUUUUUUUUUUUACCUUGUGCUGGUUUGUAAAUCGCAGCACUUUACCUUGGAGGUUCAUGCUGUGAUGCCAGUCAGACUACAGCCCUAAGAUGAAGUCCUUCUUUCGGUCUGUAAGUCUGAAAUCUUUCGCCUUGUUGGCCUAGAACUCUCGAAUAAAGCUGCCAGACAGUCUUGUCGUGGAAUAGUUGAA